GGGAAAGUUUAACAGCAGUGUUCGCCCAGGGGUACUUCGCAACGUCUCCAGUGACUACGAAAGCAUAGAAGAAGCUCUGAAUUGUAAACCAGCUUGUUUCGACAGACUACUGUACUAACGCAGACAGACAGGUGAGGAGGCGGUUUGCAUGCACUCAAAAAAGAGACCAACUCUUCUACGGCUCGUCGGCCGGCAUCGAUGUGAGUCUGUCGACCCCGCUGAGCAGGUUCUGACGACGAAACUUCAGCCCCAGUGCUGACGAACACACACAAACAGACGCCAUGCAGCUCCAUUAUUGUGGACAUGCGUGCGUCAUGGUUGGUGUGCGCUUGAUUGGCUGAGAGGCUCGCUCGCUUACCGUACUUGUACGACUCGGCCAUGUACUCCCGAACUGUUGACGAACACAAACAUACAUGCAAUGUUCCCCACCCAGCCUGUCGUCCGUUCUGACUGCCCAUAUGCUGCCUGUCGCUUCCCGGCUUACUCAACUUUUGUGUCCACUGCCUUUUCCGUUUCCAGUCAUCCAACAAAUCCGUUGCAUGCCUCAAGCGACGGCGCUCCUCGCUGAUAUUGAUUGACACAGGAGCACAAACACACACCCAGUACUUACUGUAUGGAUCGCGUCUGUCUGAGUGCGUGUGUGUCAUGUAUGUAUAUGGGUGUCUGCUUGGUACGUACCGGGUCUUGUGAGGCUUGUUUGUCAAGUUCUCGAUCUCCUCUUCCAAGCCGUCCAUGUGGUCCUCCGCAUCGAGCAGCGCCUCUUCCAGGCGAUCGACCGCCAGCUGUCCUCUCUCUGCCUGGAUUUGGAAGACUGCUAUCCCCACACCCGAGUAAUUGAGCCGUUUCUGUCACGAUAAGACAUAAAGCAGAUCAGAUGGUUACGGUGUGAAUUGUUGUGCAGUACAUUCGCCCUCCUUACUCUGGCUUCCUCGAGAUCUGACUGCAAAAGCCAACACACAAGUCCCACAACGCACCAUGCGUGAACUUGCCGUGUUGCACCAAAGCUGUUUGUUUGUGCCGUGUACCCUCACUCUACAUACCGGUAUUUGGAUCCUCUCCGUGUCAUCGGCCGUCACUUGUUUCGUCGCUUGCUCCUCAGACAUGGCCAGCCUGGUGCUAUGCCGGAGGAGGUGGCGGGACGGGCAUGAGGUGAGGGGGCGACAGGGGAUGGUCGACGAGGCAGUGGUGGCAGGGGUCAAAGGAGGGGGGGGGGGGAGCCAGUAUGCGAGAGCAUAUGGGAGAGCAGCAAUAACGUGCACGGGCAGCCGCAUAACACACGUCGAAUGAUGUCGACUGACAACUGAAUGCAGCGACAAACACGCACGAAUGCACUGGAUGGGUGCGUCGUUCUGACUGUUGUUGCAGGAUCUCAUUGGUUGCCCGUUGCGGCCUCCCUGCUCGACUCGAGAGGGAAAGCCG